GGGUGUCCGCUUGAAAUUCUUCAACGAGGCGCACGUGUCUAAAGCGAGCGGGGAUGACGCAGCUCGUAGCGUGACCGUCCUAUUGAAUUGUCCAAUUUGCCCAUCUCCUCUGCUGUGCCUUUUGGCGCCAAACUGGGGUGCUACAGUAAUUUUACACAAUCUUCUUGUGUCGGAGGGCAUCUUCGUCUUGCAAGUUGGAGGGAGAAAAUAUGGAGUAUAAGCGAUGGGAAGCUUUCGGGAUCAGCUCAGUUCACGGUGACUUCGACGGGAUUUAGCUGGAAAGAGGGGUCGCCGCCGAUAUCUUCGGAUUUUUGGUCUUUAGUAGUGAUCGCUAGCUCUUUGAACUAUACAACACUGGGGAAGAAACCAGCAAACAAAGGGACUCAUCCCAUAUUAAAAUUCAAUUGUGAAUUGGAAAGGCAAGAUAAUUUGUUGGUGUAGCUGAGCUGCAGGGGCAAUGGUACAUUUCGCUUCUGUUUUCAAUGAAUUGGCAAGAAGUAUUACCAUCAAGAAGGGAAGAAGUUGUAAAGAUAAUAUUAGAAGGGAAGCAGCAGGUGAGUUAGCAAAGGGAGCAAGGAAGAACAACUUGAUUUUGUGUUCCUCUGGCAUUGUUAAUUCCGAGUGUUCAAACAAUCUAGCCUCAACAUUUACUCAGAGAGGCAAGAAAGGAGUGAAUCAGGACCGUAUCAUUGUCUGGAAGGAGUUUGGAUGCCAAGAAGACAUGAUCUUUUGUGGGGUUUUUGAUGGGCAUGGCCCAUGGGGCCACAUUGUAGCCAAAUGGGUUAGGGAAUUGAUGCCAUCUUCUCUGCUGUGCAGUUGGCAAGAAACUCUUGCCCUGAGUUCUAUUAACCAGAAGUUUGCCUUGGAUUCAGAUAAAUCCCUUCACCAGUUUGAUAUAUGGAAGCAAUCUUACUUGAAGACAUGUGCUACCAUUGAUCAGGAGCUUGAGCAGUGUCCUGGGAUUGAUUCUUUUUUCAGUGGUACUACAGCUUUGACAAUUGUUAAGCAGGGCAAACUACUUGUCAUAGCAAAUGUCGGGGACUCUCGGGCUGUCUUGGCAACUACAUCUGAGGAGGGCAACUUGAUACCUAUACAGCUUACAGUUGACUUUAAGCCCAAUUUACCUCAGGAAGCUGCACGAAUAGAAGAGUCAAAAGGGAGGGUAAUUUGUUUGCGUGAUGAGCCAGGGGUGUAUAGGCUUUGGAAGCCAAAUGGUGGGGCACCAGGUCUGGCAUUGUCAAGAGCCUUUGGUGACUUCUGCAUGAAGGACUAUGGGCUCAUUUCUGUGCCUGAAGUGAUGGAAAGAAACAUUACAAGUAAAGACCAAUUCAUUAUUUUAGCUACAGAUGGGUUAUGGGAAGUCAUCACCAACCAAGAAGCAGUGCAGAUUGUUUCAUCAACUCGAGACAGGGAAAAAGCAGCCCGAAAGCUGGUUGAUUGUGCAAUCCAUGCAUGGAAACUUAAAAGACAGGGUAUUGCAAUGGAUGACAUCUCAGCUAUAUGCUUGUUCUUUCACACUUCUUCCCGGACAAGCUAACACUUAAUUUGGAAAAAGAAAUGUACUUAAUUUGCUCUCAUUGAGGCUGCUUAUUCUGUACAUAUUGCCCCUUUGCCCUUUAAUUGAGAUUUUUGAUGUUUGUGUGAGUUCAAGAAGAAGUUAUCGUGCAACAUUUUGAA